AUGGCAACGGCAGUUCUUGUAGGUGCAGGAAUUGCUGCAGCAGCACUGGUAGGUCGGGCUGCUAUCCGGGCUUUCAAGGCAACCUCUGGCACAUCAUUAGCAGGUGAUGCAAUUCAUAGUGCAACAGGAAAACCUUUUUUACGAGGUGGAUUCGAACCCAAAAUGUCCCGCAGAGAAGCUGCACUAUUACUGGGCGUCAAAGAGUCUCCAUUAAAAGACAAACUAAAGCAGGCUCACCGAUCCAUUAUGCUAUCAAAUCAUCCUGAUCGUAAUGGCAGCCCAUACCUGGCCUCAAAAAUCAACGAGGCAAAAGAAUUGCUUGAAAAAGGAAAAUAA